CAAAAUAUGCCAAAAACAUGCACCUCUAAUUGUCCUCCUAUCUCCACCGUCGCCUCUCUCAAAACAGAUACGCACCACAUUCAUCUCCCCAUUCUUCAACCAAGUGAGCAACUAGCACUAGCAGGGAAAGCAAGUACCAGGUGAAAGGAAUGGCUUCAACCUCUGCUGUUUCUAUGGCUCUGCCACCAACCUACGCCGGCCAGAAGAGGGUGGUGCCAAGCUCUGAGGCAUUCUUGAAGGCACCAUUGCCUCUGCGGCCUUCAAAGGGUGUGGCAGCAUCAAAACCCAACGGGAGGUUUCAAGUGAAGGCAUCCUCCUCCAUGAAAGAGAAAGUUGUGACAGGGCUGACAGCAGCUGCAUUGACAGCUCAGAUGAUGGCUCCGGACGUGGCUGAAGCUGCUUCUGUUUCACCUUCUCUGAAGAACUUCUUGCUCAGCAUCGCCGCCGGUGGCGUUGUGGCUGUAGCCAUUGUUGGUGCUGUGAUUGGUGUCUCCAAUUUCGACCCUGUUAAGCGAAGCUGAGGAAAUUCUGAUUCCCACCCGGGGUUGUUAGACUUUCUGUUAUCAUGAUAAGUAUUUGUAUAACUGUGUGUUCUUUAGUGGUGAAAUCUCUGUUAUGUGUAUGUAAUCUGUGACUCUUGGGCUCCACUUGAGCAGCAGAACUUUCCAUUUCUUACAAUGUAAUUUCCAUUUUGGCA